AUGCUUCCUGACACCUUUCCGUUGGAGGUCUACGACCUCUCAGAAUUCAUGGAUCGACAUCCGGGCGGCCCUACAACCAUUGUGGCGUGGGCUGGAAAGGACGCGUCCAAGUUUUUCAACGAGAUCCACAAGGGCGUCAAGACGCUUGGCGCUGAAGCUGUGUACUGUAUGCACUCGGAACUUCAAAUCUUCCCAUGCAGGAACUUGGACCCUCAGCUGAAGAUUAAGCUGCAGCGGUUGGAGACCCAGAAGAGAGCAGCUUUGGACUCGGAGGACUACACGAAGGCCUUGGAUGUGAAGAAGGAGAUUGAGAAGAUUCUCUCUGACCAGGCCCAUGCUCAUAUGCAUGACGUGCCGUUGGACAUCCCCAACUCCAGCGGUGGCAUUCCAUUGUCAGAGGUGGCUCGUCACAACAAGCCUCAUGAUU